AUGCCAACAACUAAAAAUAGGACUUACUUUCUCAUCUGGUUUGUGACUGUUAUAACUGUGGCCAUAAACUUUGCGAGGAACGUGUACACGCGUUGGGAAACGACACCGGUUAUUAUUGGCUUGGAGGCGCAUACGACUCAGAUACGCACCAGCCCUUUUCCAGCAAUCACUAUCUGUAACAUGAACCAAGCGCUGCGCAGCCAAAUUGAAAACUUUUCGCACCAUUCAUUGGGCUAUGCCAUGACUCAGAAGAUAUGCUAUCAAGACGUCGACUAUAGUCAGUUCGAUGACUUAAAACCCGCCUCAAAGGACGACACGUUCACGAAUUUUAUCUGGCGCGUGAAUGGUCAAACGUGUGACAAUAUGAUUGUGUAUUGCCGCUUUGGCAACAAGGAGGACCGUUGUACAGAUUUCUACAGAGAGGUACUUAUGGAUGAAGGAAUUUGCUGCGCCUUCAACAUCUUACACCCAUCCUAUUUAUACAAGGGAAAAUAUAUAUUUGUGCGUGAUUUCACUUCUUCCAUUGGCACAAUACCUGUAGACUGGAAUUUGGAGACCGGUUACGCUGAUAAGCUGCCGCUUUACUAUUACCCUCGAACGGCUGUCGGCGCAGGUGUUACGUUGGGAUUUACUUUCGUACUCAAUGCUAACCUUAGCGAAUAUAUUUGCUCGUCAACGUUCAGUACCGGGUUGAAGGUGAUCACUCACAAUCCCAUCGACACACCGCACGUUAAAGAGACCGGGUUAUCCGUCCAACCAGGUUAUCAGCAUCGUUUUCGUUUGAACAUCGACAGUUCAAAGGCGCUGCCGUCGACACGUAGUAUAACGCCAAAACGUCGCCAAUGUCUCUUCAAUAACGAACUGGAAUUGUUAUAUUUCCGUUACUACACACGACGCAAUUGCGAAAUGGAAUGUGAUUCCAAAUAUUAUCUACGUCGCUGUCAGUGCAUUCCAUAUCACAUGCCACUCAUUUAUCCGAACGCCAGUGUCUGUCAUGUGAAAGAUUUUAACUGUGAAUCCAAAGCCGAGGCGGAGGUCAACGAUGAGCAACAUGUGGCUUGUAAGCGUGAGUGCCUACCGGGUUGUUUCAAUUUGGAAUACUUUCCAACCGUCUACCGGACACCACUGGCGAACACGUCUUUUGUUUUUAGAGAUGAGUUCUUUAGAAAUUUCACAAAGCAAGAAAUACAUGAAAACUUCGUUUUGGUGCAAGUCUACUUCGCCGAUGAUUUGUUUCGAUCCAAAGUUAGAUCACCGUACACCAGCUUUACGGAUUACCUCUCACAAACUGGUGGCAUUAUGAGUUUGAUGGUUGGUUUCGGCGUUAUAUCAGUACCUGAGUUCUUCUACUUCUUCUUUAUUCGACCAAUUUUUGAUUUGAUAUUGAGGCGACUCCCAUGUGUUGAGCGUCGAGUGACUGCAAGGAGACUUCGAAAAGGUGCAAAUGGAAAUGGACUUCUUUUGGGUAAUAAGGUAUGA